GCAACAAGUCUUCUAGCUCGCGGUCAUACAACUCAGAUGUCUCGAAUACCGACCUUUCCUGUCGAACCGAUAGGCGUUCCCUCACUGAACAACUCAAACGGUUCUUAUUCAAGUACCAGACCGUUGCAGAUCGCCCGCCCGCCAUCACGCCAGGCAGCCCCCAGUAACAACACAUUUGCCUCCUCCUCACCCAAGGGUCCCCUCCGCCCACAAAGGUCAGAGUUAAGACCACGCCAGGUAUCCGAGCAUUCAGAACGGGCUUCCACUUCUUCUCGAGCAACGCAACUUGAGGGUUACGCGGCAAGGGACCGCAGAGAUAGUUCCAGCACAACGCGCUCAGAUUCCUCAGCCGUGCCGCAAUACCAUAACGGAAGUAUAGUAACUGCAAAUAAUAGGCCCCAGGUCGACAUUCCACGAUCUAGCGCUCACGAUGAGAUUUCCCCGACAACCCCUGCACUGGCUUCUGUCAUGGCUGCCUUCAGGGAAGCUGGAGCUCGUAAACGUGCGAUGGCAAAUGGUAGCGAAGAUAUAACGUAUGAACAAGAAAAACAGAGGGAGAAGGAGUUGGAGAUGAGGAGGCAAGAGCGCAUCCGCGAGCGAAUGCCAUACCGGAAAGCAACUGGGAAGGCUAAAGCAGGAGAUAUCGAUGCUGUGCUCGACCAGAUCAAGGAUGAAUGGGAGUUUGUCAUUGACCCUGAUUUUAACAAUGUUGACUUGGCUUUGUCACUACUCGACGACUCUUCGACAGGCAAAGGCAUCGAGUCUUUUCGACAAACCAAGGUAAUGCUUUCGCAUGCAUUAAAAGGAUCAGUAGACAAGCACCACAAGGCGUUUGCGGACGCACUUCCGCAUCAUGCUGCUCUUCUCAAUCACCUUGGACUUGCCCAGACACAAAUAAAACAGUCGAAGACAGCUCUUAUGGAAGCGAAGGAGGCUUUGGGAAAUAAGCGCGCCGAUCUUGUUCAACUGUGGUCAAGGGGACAGGUAUUAGAAGAGAUGAUGCGUUUAUUGGAUCAGAUUGAGCAUCUAAAAUCGGUGCCCGACGUACUUGAGACUCUCAUGUCGGAGAAAAGGUUGCUUCAAGCAUCAGUUCUCCUUGUGCGGAGCCUUAAGUUGAUCAACAAACCCGAUAUGCAAGAGAUUGGAGCAGUUUCAGAUCUACGAAGUUAUCUGAUUGGUCAGGAAAAUGCUCUACGAGAAAUAUUGAUUGACGAACUUCACAACCAUCUUUAUCUCAAAUCCUUCUGGUGUGAGUCGCGGUGGGCUGCCUUUAAGUUGAAUCAGACAGCUUUUCCUAAGGUUGAAUUUGAGAACGAAUCGAGUGGACAACCGUCUCCGAAUGGCAUUGCAUAUCCUUCCCCUGAAUCCUCUUCACCGAAACUUGGGUCUUCCCGAUUAUCUCGCUUUCUCAACUCUCUUGCACUCCGACCAAACGACCCUCCCCAUGAUCUCAGCGAAUCGAACUUUCGCAGCAAUGCGUCUGUUCAGGAUUUGUCUUUCUCAUCUCUUCAAUCCGCUCCGUCUUUCUCAUCGAAUCUUAAUCUUGUUGCGCUUGCAACUUCGGCUUCUCAGGCACCUCAACUUGAUGCAAACCCGGAAGGUGACUCCUUCGCCUACAUCGAAACUCUACUGGAGUCCCUCGCAGUCCUGGGAAAGCUUGGGAGUGCGCUCGAUAUUGUCGCACAGCGUUUGCAGGGCGAGAUAUACUCGUUGGUCGAGUGUACCUUGGACGAAGUUGAGGAGAGAACGGAAGAGUCUAAGAGAGUUUCUCUGUUCGGCGCAGCCAGCCUAGGAAGACGGUCAGAGGGUGGGUAUAUUUUUGUUGCCAACGAUUCCGUCGGCAUCACUCCAGAUGGUGUUGUUCCUUCGAUGCCAGCAAAAGGUAUUCUCCUCCAGACCUUUUCCUUACGCCUUGCAGCACUGGAGUCUUCCACGAAGCAAGUCGAUCAGGAAACAUUGAAGGACUUCUUUUGGACUGUUUAUUCCAAGCUUGAUGCGGUAACCCAGGGAUUAAGGGUGGUUUGUGAGGUCGCUAACCGUAUAGGAUCACGGAAAGACUUCAAGGACUCAUCCGGCGCCAAACCGGGAGCUUUGUUUCCGCUCACCGAUGUAUGGCUACCAGUACAAGCUGAGGUUCGGGCGCUCUUGCAUGACUAUUUGACCGACGAAGAACAAGGCUCGGUGGCGGGGCGGAAUCCGAUAUCGUCCAUCAAUGAGGUCCUGCGAGAAGGUCGGUUCAUGAGAGACAAACAAAAGUCCAUAUUCCGAUUUGCGGAUACUAACAUGAAGUCCACGGGCAAAGUCCUCCGACGUCACGAGGAUGAGCUCACUCGGGUCCUUCGAGAUACAAUGCCUGGUCUUGUGCAAAAUUCUUCCGAUAGUGCUGUCCAGGCGACACUGUCGACAGUCGGUACAGACGACCGUCUAUUAGGUGUUGGGCAGCAUCACCGUUUGCUGAUCAAGCCGGAUGCAUUCCAUGUUAGCGUACUUUUCCAGCCCACCCUUGCUUUCUUGAACCGUGUGACGGAAAUCCUUCCCGAUGGGGUGGAAAGUGCUCGCUCUGCGAGUGGUGUACUAGACGAUUUUGUCCUCAAGGUUUAUCUGCCACAGUUGGAAGAGCGCAUCUCUGAACUUUUCCAUCACGCAGUGACAAGUCCUGAUGCUUUCCAAUACGACCAGAUGUCGACCAGAUUUAGUCCAAAGCCAAUAUUCAGAGCAACUACACAGCUGAUUGCACUGAUAAACUCGUUGUGCGCAAUGCUCCGCACAACUCCGUUCCAUCGAGAAAGUUAUUCUCGCCUGAUUGUUGGCGUAAUCAUUCAAUUCUACCAGCGCUGUAGUGACAAGUUCCAAGAUCUGGUUUCUUCGAUAACUAACAUCUCUGACACAUCACAUCUGGUGUUGGCAGCUCAGUGGGCACAAAAAUCGGAAUUAAUCCCGUGCUUAACAGAGCUCUUCGCAACACCCCAUUCUAAUAAUGUGAUCGGGCGUCAGCUUAGUCGACAGGAAACACAUCUGGAGCUGAAUUACCUCGGUCAAGCUCAGAUAGCCAAACAUAACUUGGUUUCUUCAACUCGAAAUUUGGCGAGUCUAUGUGGUCUUUACCGCAGUGUGGCAUGGUUCACAGAGGAGUUGAACGCACUGAAGUCAUUUCCAGACGGUACGCUCUCGCCGACUACACCUGCAGCACUGGAGUCCGCCGAUGUCGUGAUGCCGUUCACUCCCUCGGCAAUCCCUACUUUUGUCUCGCGGGGUACUUAUGACGAACAGCUUAGCCUUCCCCUGUCACGAGAAAUGGCAAUGCGGUUCGGCGCCUUGCUUAAGACGUACUCCCAACUGGCCGAGAUCAUCCUGCAUACCAUUAGGAUCGACAUUCGCUGCCGAACAAUGCACUAUUUGGAUGCAGCCAUGCGUCUCGGUAACUACAAUAUCGAUCAUGAAGCUGGCGAGCCUGACCCGUACAUCGUGGACCUUAAUACCGAAAUUAGCGAUUGUAACGAGUUUGUGUCAGCAGCGAUGCUCAAGGAGGAGCACCGAUUUGUCUUUGCCGGACUUGAACAUUUAAUGGAACAUCUCCUUAUCUCCAAUGCUCGAUAUGUGCGCAUUGCGAAUGGUUUUGGUAUCAGGAAGAUUAUAAGAAACACUCUGGCACUGCAGCAGAGCGUACGGACUAUUGGUGACGAACGGCAGCAUGUCGAGUUUGAGCGCGCGAAGAGUUAUUAUUCACUCUUCUUCCUGACACCCCAGGGUUUACUCGACACUAUCCGUCAACACCAGAAUUUCACCUUCGAUGAGUAUAAGACCAUACUCAAUCUUCAGUGUGGGGUGGAUCAGUCGAUCGGCGAAGCUGGAGUUGCUAAAGCUGCGGACCGCAAUUAUAGCAUGUAUCUUAUUGACCUGCACGGCCUAGAGCUGGAGAGUUCCGCAGAUAUCAGUUGAGGUUCGAUCAGACUUUGGACAUCUAGUCAUAUUUGUAUAUUUACAACUAGUA